AUGGUAAUGGCCACUGCCACCGUGGUGACCAUGAGGUCGUCAGGGAAGUCAUCGUCGCCUCGUGGCAACGGCCAGGAUCCGUGCGUCGCAGCUGGCUCCUCCCCAUGUACCUCAUUAAAGGGCGCACCUGGCCAUCAAAAGGGGGUACGGCCGCUCACCACGCCUCACCGUCAGGUGCAAUCCUCGGGGUGCACUGUCAGGGCCACGGCGCAUCAGCUGGUCAACUUCAAGGCCAUGGCUCGGCACAUAGUCAUCUUCAAGGCCACGGCAUGUUUUCAAAAUGGCACAUCACGUCGUGUAAUCUUCCGGCACAUCUCCACAAGUGGCAGGGCAGCGUCUGCAAUCACCCAGCUAGUAUGCACAGUUUCGUCUUCUCAGUUCCAGCCACACCUGGGCAUCACAUAUCUUCCGACGCCAACGCUAUUACAGCUGUAA